AUGUUCCGCUCUCAGGAGGAGACAUUAGCAAAACACCAGGAAUGUCUAAAGAAGCAGCGAGAUGCAGUGAAGCAGAGACUGAAGAAGCUGGCAGCUCGGCAGGCAGACAUCAAAAAAAAGUCUUCUGCAAUCAGGGAGAGUGUCGUUCGGAAGUACCAAGAGAUCCAGGCUUCCCUGGAGGAGGAUCUGAGGAUCACUUUGUCCCAUCUGGAGAUGGAGGAGCGUGCGGUCGUCUCUGCUUUAGAUGGAGUCAUGGAGAAGAACUGCGCCCUCAUUCAGGAGUUGGAGCAGGACUUGGCCCGGUUCAGCCUAGCACUGGACCAGAUCAACAGGGAGCCGGAUUCUGCAUCCUUCUAUUCGUACCCUGAGCAACAAGACAUGGAGGCGGUGGACAGAGUGAUGGAUGUUCUGGACCAGUCUGACCCGAGCAGCGUGAGCUUGGAUGAAGCUAAAGCCGAGCAGAUCCUCAGUCUCACCAACAACAUGCUCCUGCUCGUCUGUUCACAGACUCCUCUAAUCAGGAAGCUGCUGAAGAGCUAUUCCAGCGAGGUGCAUCUGGAUCCAGAGACGGCUCACCCAAAGCUGAUCGUCUCCCCCCGGGGGGACAGUGUGGCCUACACAGACGUCUGGCAGCCCCUCCCUGAUGUUCCCGAGCGCUUCGACACGACCCUGAACGUCAUCAGUUUGCAAAGCUUCAGCUUUGGCCGCCAUUACUGGGAGAUCGAUGUAACUGGGAAGACCUACUGGGAGCUUGGUGUCACCUACCCCUCCAUUCCCCGCAAAGGUGCAUCAGAGGACUGCUGGCUGGGCCGGGGGCCCGAGUCCUGGUGUAUGGAGUUCUAUGAUGGGGAGUACACAGCCUGGCACGGAGGGGUCCCUCAUCAGUUGCCCUUCACAAAGCCGUUCUGUCGGAUCGGUGUGCUAUGCAGCUUCCCUGCAGGCUUAGUGACGUUUGUAGAAGUGGACAGAAUGACUCCUCUUUUCUCCUUCUGUGCAGGAACCUUCUCAGACUGCCUUCACCUGGCCCUGUGUCCCGGUCACAACCACAACGGCAAAAACGCCAAACCCGUCGUGAUUUUUAAUACUACAUCUCCCACCAGUGAUCUGUAAAAUGUGGAGCUUCACCAAUCACCUUAAAGCUCUACAGCAGGGGUCUGCAACCUGCAGCUCCACAGACACUGUUACCCCAUCUUUGUGGCUCUCCAGUUAAAGGAAAAUAAAACGUUUCUACAUUAAAAAUAUAACUUUAAAGUAAUAGGUACAUAAUUAGUAAAGUAAAAAAAACUUAAACUUUAUUCAACUCAAUCACGAACAGUAUCAAAAGUCAAUCUAAAACACUUUUUAUGUGGUCACUAAUUACAACUAGGAUUAAGGUGCAACAGAUUAUAUUGCAGAUUUUCUCUUUUCGAAUAUUUUUUUUAAGCGUGUCUCAUGGUUCUAGAAGUAUUUAAUUAGCUCUGAUUUCCUUUUAGUUUGUUGG